UCGUCAUAACUCAAGGCCAUAAUUUAUAACAAAUUUCUAAUUGUAUUGACAACAAUUCACAUUUCCAACUCCUAUAUUAAAAAAUUCAGGAUUUCAAAUGUAAGCACGAAUUCUUGAUCUCAUAUCAAAGAGUUUUCUGAGAUCAUUUUCGCAGGACCUACAACCGGCUCAAUGAUAAAAAUGAGAUAACUUUCUUGCCCAAAUUAAUAUUUGGCAUUUACCUUAGUUUCCCUUGCUAGUAGCGUAGCCGAGUGUUCCAAAUUGACUUGAUCUUGGUGGCUACUCCCCUGUUUCUCGUAGCAACAUCGGAAAUUCACCAUGAAGUAUCGUUAUGCAAUGGUUUGCUCAUCCAACCAGAAUCGAAGCAUGGAGGCUCACUCUAUCCUUAAAAGCAAGGGCUUCAACGUUUCAUCCUAUGGAACUGGGGCUCACGUGAAGCUUCCUGGACCUUCUCUCCGAGAACCCAAUGUAUACGAUUUCGGUACCCCCUACAAACACAUGUUCGAUGAUCUACGUCGAAAGGAUCCUGAACUAUACAAGCGUAACGGCAUUCUGCCCAUGCUUAAAAGAAAUGCAGCUGUCAAAACUGCUCCUCAACGUUGGCAAGAUAAUGCAGCAGAUGGUUCCUUUGACGUGGUAUUUACUUUUGAAGAGAAGGUCUUUGAUAUGGUUAUUGAAGAUUUGAACACCCGUGAUCAUGCACUGAUGAAAACGGUACUGAUUGUUAAUUUGGAGGUAAAAGAUAACCAUGAGGAGGCAGCCAUAGGAGCACGACUUACUUUUGAUCUUUGCCAGGAGAUUGAACGGACUGAAUCAUGGGAAGAUUCAAUAGAUGACAUCGUGAUUACCUUCGAAAAACAGCUGAGAAGAAAACUGUUGUAUAGCAUUUCCUUUUACUGAGGACAAUAUCCGGGAGUACAUGGAGUCUGCGUACAUCGAAUCUUCGGCAUUCAAGUGUGACUUUAUGAAAAUUUUGAGUGAACAAGUCUAUUCUUAGUGCUUUUAUAUUAACAUGAUAAUACAAAGAUUUGACUUUCAACUUGAGAGAGGAUAAAGGGUAAUUACUACGUAGUUAUAUUCAAUAAUUUCGUUCUGCGUAUUUUGAGCGGAAAAUUGAUAUUUUGGGGGGAAAAUAUAUUUAGUAAAUUUUUGGAAAAUUUUGAGUGAAAAAGUAUAUUUUUAGAACAA